GGGAAGAUCUAUCCCGAGCUGGCAAUUCUAGGCUUGCUCCUGGGAUGUGAUGCCAAAGAGGCAACAAUUUUGUCACAGGCGUCGAAGGCGGCUUGGGCCAAGUCUUCGCAAAACGCGAUCAAGACCCUCGCGUCCGGAAGCGCCACUAGCCCGAGGCCAGCCGUCGCCAAUGCCACAACGCCACAG